CGUGAUGGAACCUUUAUUACUAUUAAGGGAAGCAAACAAGCGAAGUGAAAGUGUCGUUCUUGAAGGAGACAAUAUUGUGUUUAAAGGCUCCAACAAGUCUUUUCCUCGCAACUUUCCGACGGCCUAUUUUCCUAGUAGGGGACGUGAGAAGCAACCUUAUACACUAGAGGUUGUAUGGUUUCUGUUCCAACACGCAGAUAAAAGCUUUAGAGAAUAUGUUUCUGAGUGUGUCCGAGCUGGAGUGAGUCGCGUGCAAAUUAUCGAUAGCAGAGACUUGAUCGCUUUUUUCCGCGGAGAAUUGGAUACUUGUGCUGGAAUAAAAGUUUCUUCAGAUGCAGAAGAAAGUCUUUCUGAGAAAAGAAGCUUUUCGGCACCGGAAGGACAACGGAAGAAAGAUUUAGAUGGUGCCAUUCGAGAAGCCUUGAAUCAAGAGCACGAGCAACAAACGAUAUCUUCCUUACUUGCUUCAAAAGAGCGACAUUUUAAGAAUCUAGUGGAAAGGAUAAAAAGAUUGAGAAAGGAAUCGGAAGAACAAAUGGCCCCUGCACAAACAGAGUCAAUAGCAUCGAAGAAACAGCAGAUGGAUCCCCGUGGUGAUCGAUAUUCUAUAAGAGAAGACAUGUUUUAUCGUGAAAAUAUUGGUGCCGAAGUUGAUGAACUUGGAAUUGAUCCUUCGGGACGCUUUGGUUUGUCUUCUACCAACUCUGGGACUAACUUAAACGGCACAGGUGUGAUAAAGAGCAAGGAAACGUCUGUUUCGAAUAUACAAUCUGCUAGUUUGAAGGAAAACGUUUCAAAAAAACCGAAGACGAAUGUGACUCCUAUAAUUGUCGUUCCUUCUGGAUACAAUUCUCUUAUCAAUAUACUGAAUGCUCCCGAAUUCUUAGAAAAGGGCCAUUUUGUUCCCUGGCAGUCCCUUAAAGCUCAAGGAAUGACAAAUGUUUCGUGGUCCGUGAAGAUAAAGCAUGUUUCAAAUGCUUCCCAAACUCCUGUCGAGUAUCAGAUCAUAAACAAUACAAGCCGCCUUUCUUCAGAGGACUGGAAACGAGUUUGUGCGGUAGUAUGCAAUGGAGCACAAUGGCAGUUUAAAGGUUGGCCAUAUCCUGGAACUGCCGAACUGUUUGCAGAUGUACGUGGUUUUUAUUUUUAUUUCGACGAUGAGCAAGUAGACCCAAAUGUUCGUGGCUGGGUUGUAAAAUGUUUGCCAAUAAGUCGAAAUAAGCGGCAUUUGGAUUACAGUGUUGCAUUAGAGUUCUGGAGAACCCUAGAAGCCCAUGUAAAGGCCAGAAAACCACAUUUGAAAGUUUGAGAUACUUGGUGGAAAUAUAGUUACAUACAAACCAACGUACCGCAUAUUCCAAGUUAUUGGGAAUACUUUUACCCAAAAUGAGAAGUUCGAUGAAAUGAAACAAAUGGAUAUAUUUUCAGAGUCAAACAUAUUAACAUACUGUUGUUUAACUGAAAAUAAGACGAUUUUCGCAUGAAAUGUCAGUCGCAACUCUUUCUUUGCUGGCUCAUUCCACACAGAUGGAAGCUAGGUUAGAAGCGUUCUAAACAGAAACUUUUCUCAAUAAUCUGCGUCUUGACAACAAGGCAAUGAAGAGUUUCUGUUUUUUUCAGUUGUAAUUUUAUGAAGAACAAAUGUACUGGAACUUUUAGAAGAAAAUAACUGCUAUAACUUGGUAAGUGUGUGAUGAUCUGUCUUCCUAGUCAGAAUAUAAGUCUUGCAGUGAAAUAGUAAUAAAAAUUUUGACAAAAAUGCAAAGUUACGAUGAUAAAGGGAAGGCUUGACUUUCGUAUUAUUUUCUGUAAUUACUUUUUUACUGAAAAAAGCAGUAUGAUUUAUUUAUUGAGCUAAUUACUCGAAGAAUAUUUAGUCAAAAAUCGUCAAGUACGGCCGGAGGGAUUCGAACCCUCGACUUCUUGCGUGUAAAGCAAGCACUCUUGACGGAAUUCUUAACCGCUGAGUUACGGCCGCAACUACCGUU